AUGCCUGGUGGUAGUAGGAAUCCUCUUGUGGUUGGGCGUGUUAUAGGGGAAGUUGUGGACCCCUUUGAAAGUUCCAUUCCUUUCAUGGUCUCCUAUGGCACCAGAGAAGUGAACAAUGGUUGUGAGCUUAAACCUUCCCAAGUUGCCAACCAACCCAUUGUGAGUGUUGGUGGAGAUGAUCUCAGGAACUUCUACACUCUGGUGUUAGUAGAUCCUGAUGCUCCCAGCCCAAGUAACCCUAAUUGCAGGGAGUACCUUCAUUGGUUGGUGACUGAUAUUCCAGCAACUACAGGGGCUAGUUUCGGUAACGAGGUUGUAAGUUAUGAAAGCCCACGACCAGCGAUGGGGAUUCAUCGUUUGGUGUUUGUGUUGUUCCGUCAACAGUAUCGACAAAGGGUUUAUGCUCCUGGAUGGCGACAGAAUUUCAACACCAGAGAAUUUGCUGAACUUUACAAUCUUGGAUUGCCAGUUGCUGCUGUCUUCUUCAACUGUCAGAGGGAAACUGGUUCUGGUGGUAGGAAAUUUUGA